AUGUCAACUUAUCAAAGCGCCAUCAAAAUUGCCGCAGUCACUGGCGCCCUCUUUCUAUCAGGCGGUAUCGCUGCCCAUGGAUUAGCUACAGUGCCGGCACUGCUCGAAUCCAUCUCAGAAGAUGGCACCUCCUCUCACGCAAUGGUCCAGGUCUGGCGGCGAGUGUACGAGCAAGGACACGCAAAUAGCCCGAAGAUUGCUGUUCUGACCACAGUCGCCUUCGCAUACACGGCCUGGGGUGCCAAUAGCCAGCAAAUUUCGACACGAAUACCGAUGCUGCUGUACAGCGCUGCCGCAUCGCUGGUCGUGGGGAUUGUUCCUUACACGCUCAUCUUCAUGGAGGACAGCAACCGCAAGCUAUUGGAGAGAGCGGCAGGAUCCAAGCACUAUUCGUCAUCUUCUGCGUCCAGCGAGAAAGGCCCGGAAGACUUGAUUGACCAAGAGUCGAAUGAAGGACUUCUGAGACGUUGGAGGACUCUGACAUUGACUCGUGCCUUGCUGCCGACUACUGCGGGUUUUUUGGGAUUAUUGGCAAUUACGCACUAUGAAUGA